GACAGAGCCUUUCCAGCCGCUGAGGAGUCAAACCAGACCCUAAUUUAAGAAACACCAUGUGCUCACGGCCAAUCAGAAUCACCACUGCAGAACAAACCAUCAGGAUCAGUGUGGGAUGCCAUGAUGCUGGAAAAAGCAGCUCGUCUCUGGAUCUGGUGAGCAACUGUGGAGACGCUGAUGCCGACACUUCAUCCACACACUGGGAAACUGGAAAGCAUCCCUGCAAUACUACCAUGUCCUCAGACUCCAGCGAGAGCCGAAACGCGGGAAUGUUCAGCAGUUUUCUCAGGAUUCCUCUGCUUCUGCUGCUGCUUUAUGGGUUUGUCUGUUCUCUGGACGUCCUGAGCUCAGCGUUUCAGCUCGCCGGAGGGAAAGUGGCCGGCGAUAUCUUUCAGGACAGUGUGAUCCUGACCAACCCGGUGGCGGGGCUGAUGGUGGGGAUUCUGGUUACGGUUUUGGUCCAGAGCUCCAGCACCUCCACAUCCAUCAUAGUCAGCUUGGUGUCUUCUGGAUUGCUGGAGGUGAAAUCUGCCGUCCCCAUCAUCAUGGGCUCCAACAUCGGCACGUCCGUUACCAACACCAUCGUGGCUCUGAUGCAGGCGGGGGAGAGGAAUGAGUUCAAGCGGGCGUUUGCGGGAGCGACGAUCCACGACUGUUUUAACUGGCUCUCUGUGCUGGUUCUGCUGCCACUGGAGGUGUUUUCGGGUCUGCUCAGUUUUCUGGCCAGAGUGACGGUCAGCAGCUUUCAGAUGCACAGUGGAGAAGAAGCUCCAGAACUGCUGAAGACCCUCACCGAACCCUUCACCACACUCAUCAUACAGCUGGAUAAAUCCGUCAUCACAGGCAUUGCUCUGGGCGACGAGUCCAUGAGGAAUCACAGCCUCAUCAAAGUCUGGUGCAAAUCCUCCGUCUUGGUGUCCUCGGUGAAUGUGACUCAUACGGCAGUCCGAAACUGCUCUGAACUGCAUUGUGGGAAGCACGGAGAUCUGACCUGGAUCACUCAGAAUAUCACCACACACAUCAACACCGAGAAAUGUCGUCAUGUGUUCGUGGAUUCGGGGCUGUCGGAUCUGGCUGUGGGACUCAUUCUGCUGGCUGGAUCUCUGAUGCUGCUUUGCUCCUGCCUGCUGUUCAUUGUCAAAGUGCUCAACUCACUCCUCAAAGGUCAAGUGGCAAAGGUCAUCGAAGGGGUCAUCAACACAGAUUUCCCGUAUCCUCUGGGAUGGCUGUCUGGAUAUCUGGCGAUGCUGAUGGGAGCAGGAAUGACCUUCAUCAUCCAGAGCAGCUCUGUCUUCACCUCCGCCCUCACUCCACUCAUCGGCAUUGGUGUGAUCAGUCUGAACCGAGCGUAUCCUUUAACUCUGGGCUCCAACAUCGGUACUACAACUACUGCCAUCCUCGCCGCUCUCGCCAGCCCCAAAGAGAAGCUGCCCGCCGCCUGCCAGAUCGCACUGUGUCAUUUCUACUUCAACAUCUUUGGCAUUCUGCUGUGGUACCCAUUCCCGCCGACUCGUCUGCCCAUCCGCAUGGCCUCGGCUCUGGGCGAGCGCACCGCUAAGUACCGCUGGUUUGCGGUGCUGUACCUGCUGCUGUGUUUUCUGCUGCUGCCGUGUCUGGUGUUCGGCCUCUCUCUGGCCGGUUGGCAGGCCAUGGUGGGCGUCGGAGCUCCGUUUGCCGCGCUCACACUCUUUGUCCUGCUGGUAAACCUGAUGCAGGCGCGCAGUCCGGCUCAUCUGCCCAAAACGCUGCGCAGCUGGGACUUUCUGCCACAGUGGAUGCACUCGCUGAAGCCUCUAGACAAGCUGAUCUCCCGGAGCACAGCUCUGUGCUGCAGCCCUCUGCGCAUCAGGGACCCAGAGCUGCUGGUGGAGCCCGCAGACCCCCAAAAACCAUCCGGUCAGGGGUACGAAAACCCUACGCUGUCCGUUCCGGAGGAGAUUCCAGCAGAACCGCGAGUGUUCAGACUCAGAGGACUGGAGAGAUGCAACAGCACACCACUGUAGAGAUGCAGAUCAACACCAGGGGGCGCACUACAGCAGAUAUGAAAUUCAAUAGUGUCUGGAUGCAGACUUGGAUUUGCAAGCUAAACCUGCAUAUCUCAAACUUGCAGUGU